AUGCCCCCAGAACUCCAAAUUAAAGCCCAAAUCACAGAGAUUGAAUCCAAAACCGAUAAAAAUGGCAAUCCUUAUGUUCGGCUGACCCUCCACGGACUAGCUAACCGUUAUUUUUAUGCCUUUAGUAAUAGUUUAAAAGUAGAAAUUUUUCAAACUCUUACUACUACUCCUUACAAUUUUAUUAACCGGCAAGUCUUGAUCACUUACCAGGAACUUCCUAAUCAAGAUAACCAAGGAACUUUUA